UGCUCUUAUUGGUGGAAGCAGUGCUACGUGGACAUAAGACAGAAACAGGUAUCCGCGCAUGUGACCGUUAUCACUUCAGUCGAUUUUGGGAAAGCGGUGAGCGCGACAGGAGGCUCAGCUCCCUGUGAAACGCUGAUGAGGGUCUGAUGAGCUGAUGAAGGGUCUCUUUAUUUAAUCCCAGUCUGUCAUUUAUCUCUCAGUGACUUUUGCAUCAGUUGUGAAUAAUUCAGCUUUACGGGCCUGCACGGUGGUGUGGGUGAUUUAAACAUGAAGUCUAAAGGAAAGAGUUCAAAGAGGAGACAGCACUCAUGGGCUGAACAGGAGCAUGCUGACCUGCAGCUGGAUGUAGAGCCUGGCUCUAGUGAACAUGAAGGCUCUGAGGCCUCUCUCCCACUGGGGGCAUCGUGGCGGGAAUCAGGCAUCGAGGGCCGUGCGAGAACAAGGAUGGCCACGCGCCGUCGCCGAUGCCAACACAGCAGUGCCAAAGAGAGCAAUGUGCGCAGGCUGGAGAGCAACGAGAGAGAGCGGCAGAGGAUGCACAAACUGAACAAUGCAUUUCAAGCCCUGCGGGAAGCCAUUCCACACGUCCGAAUGGACAAAAAGCUCUCCAAGAUUGAGACUCUCACACUGGCCAAGAACUACAUCAAAGCCUUGACUACCAUCAUCCUGGGCAUGUCUGGGACCUGCCUGUCUGACAUGGAAACUAAGCAGCUCCUGGACAGUGAGGGCCACAACGAUCUGUCCAAGUACCUGGAUCAUAUCCGUAGCCUCAGCCACAGCAGCUAACACCAGUUUUGCCCACUGUAGCAUCCAGACCACUGAAAAGUGUUAGACUGUACAGUUCUCCCUGUAAGAGACACAGUGAUGCUAAUGAAGAACUCUCGGACUAAAGAGUUGGGCUCUGAGAUGCUUACAUAGUAAUCAAAUUCCAAUUUUGGUUUGAAAGAUUAUUUUGUCUUCAAUGCUGAGCUUUUUCCAAUCACAAUGUGGCAUGAUGAGGCAGAUAUUCCCAAGUUCAAACAUUUUACAAAGACCAAGUCAUAAAAAAAGAACUGUACAUUAGAGAGUAUAUGAUGACAGGCAUACAGAACUAUGACCUUUUCCCACAAUAAUAGGGAAUUACAGUGAUGGAGAAGAAAACUUUAAAGAAUAAUUUGGAGUCACAUUUAUUGGAAGGGAACAUGUCAUGCAUACAUUAACACUGGGGAGUGUUUUAAUAUACCUAACAACUUCACGUAUUUUAUUACACCAUAAUUUUAGCUUUUAACAGUUCACCGUUCCAUAUAUUUCCAGAGUUCAAAAUCUUCAAAGCCCAUCACAUAUUUCAGUAAGGAAUGUAAACAGAAAUAUGGUGCAAACUGUACAAACCUUUUCUAUUUAUCGACAUUUUACCAGCAACAGCAUUCACA